AUGAAGUUCCUCUCUAAAGUGUUGCUGUUUUGCGCACUCGCAAAUAGCGCAACAUUGGCUAUACCAAAGUCAAAGCAGUUUACUUCUAGCAAUUUCUUGCUUGAGAGCAGGGCUCAACACCAGACCCGAGAUGUGAAAAACCUAACGAGCUAUAUCUGGAACGGAGGCGAGGUUGCUGGUCCACGCUUUGCAUCCGUCACUGCCGAAGUCAUCAUCCCCAAUAUCACCUUCCCCUAUGGAUACAAUGCCAGUGCAAGAUACGGCGCUUCAGUUUGGGUCGGAAUUGGUGGAGACCAGAAUACCUGUGAUGAUCCUGCACGUAUCAACAACGGGGGUCUCAUUCAAGGAGGUUAUUACUACCUAUACGACCCUGAGGGUGACUUUGGCGUUUUCGCCUUCUACGAGUGGUUCCCAGACGGACCCGUCUUCUUGGACGACACGGAGGGCAUCGAGACUUCGAUUGGUGACCACGUGCGCAUGACCGUUACCCAAAAGGACAACGUUACUGGUACCUUCACGUGGGAAAACUUCACAUCUGACAAAAAAUUUACAAAAGAACUAAAGGCACCUGUAAAUGGGACCUUGUGCACGAAUCAUGCAGAAUGGAUUGUUGAGAGCUUUAUGACGACCAAGGACCAUGAGACUCUGUUCCCGGACUUUGGUGAAUUACACUUUACUGAGAUCAAGGCCAUCUCGGCAGCAAACGAGGAGGUAUCGCUACAGGAGCAUGGCAUUAUCGUCGAGGCCGAGCCUGUGCUCGGGAACGGAAAGUACUUGACCGAUUGUGAGAUAACGGGAUCGGAUGCUACGAAAUGCAAAUGGCUUGGAUACAAGGGUAUUUUCGAAAGCUAG